AAAGUGAUUAGCCCUAACGCUAGUACUGGUAAGUAAUGAGUAGUGGGCAAGGUAAGUUGGUAACCCAUUACUUUACAAUUACUCUAUCAAUUAGCCUUCUCAUAUCCCCCUAACCUUUUCUCCACUUUACUGCCCAACCCUCUGAAGUGGCGCAAUAGAACAACACUAAUACUAUGCGUAGAAGCCUACUUUAGAAGACUAAAACUGCCGCACCAAUAAUUAUACUAAUACAUCUUACUCUUCAUUCUAAACCAUUCAAUAUUAUAUUCAUCUCAAACUGACUCACAAUAUCAAAUACCAAUGAAUGCUUUCGUAUGUGAGGGAAAACUAGAAGAAUUACGAGGUUGCAAUAAUUUUUUUUAGAUAUCGAAAGUUAAUAUAUAGUUUGAAGUUUCCAUAAAUAUUUCAUAGUGAGGUUCAUAAUUAAUAAAACACAGAAAUUUCACAAUAAGAUUUUCUAAUACUAUACGAAUAACCAUGUGAUUUCAAUAAGACUAAAUCAGGAAUGGCAUACCAUUACAUUAAGACAGAGUUCAUUAAUUGUAUGAACCAAUAAGACAUUCCAGUUGUGCUGGUGGAGAGAUAAACGAGGGUAGUGGUGGUAAGAGAUUUUUUCUUGCUUUUCCAUAUACUCUAUUCAACCUUUUGAGCAUAGUUCACAUUCUUUAUAGGCUUCUAUCAGAAACGUGUCUAUAUGAGAGGGGGCUAUUUCUGAUAUAUACUAUAUACUGUCGGUCUACUCUGCUCUAUUCUUGGCAUUUUGCUCGAGUUGUUGAUCGAUCACUACAAAAAUAAAAUAACCCCUCAAGAAGUUUCUUGUCACCCUCCCCAUUCAUUGGAUUUGUCAGAUUGGUUAUUGUCAUUUUCGAUAAGUUUAAGUGUGUUUGUUACUUUACCGGCUAAUAAUUAACAAGCUUUUUGCUAUUUACUAUUCUUGAGUAUUUUUAAUUAUGAUAGAUUAUCUUCUUAGAAAAAUCAAGUUCAAAAUAGCGAGAAUUAAAAGAACGUAUUGAAAAUUACACUGAAAAAAUUAACGUUACGACACUUUAUACUAAAGUUACUAAAGUUAUGGUUUAACAUUUCAUAAUGCUAAAGGCCGCCUACUGAUUUAGUCUCCAGUAAUUACUUUCUAAUGAAUUUCUUUUCCCAACAUUAUAAAUAGAUUUAAAAGUUAGAUAUUAUAAGGCAAGAUAAGAUACGAUACAAAAAAGACUCACUUUUAAUGCAUUCAAAAUAGACCUAAAUAAAUCAGAUAAAAAAUGUCAUUCUUAUUUCGAAGAAAAACAUGUAUUUACUCACUUAUCUUUUCAUUAAUUAACUAAAGAAGACACGUUACCAUAGAAUAACAAAACAACUCUAUCCACCCUUGAGAAUUUGGUCCAAGAUUAUCUUUCUUUUGCAUUGAAAACUUAGUUCUUCUAUGAUCCAUAUUGAUUCAAAACAAUUUGAACUAACACAAUACUAAUCCUAAUUACUACCAUUCCAUUUUAUAAAUCUUUCAUAAAAAAACUCAAACUCAAAAACAAAAUUAUAUCGUUAUGGAUUCCCAAACCUCACGGUCUCAUUUGCGAAUUGCGAUUAAUCCAAAACCAAGAUAAUAGCCGUCGUUAUAACCGUAAGAAACCCACAUGCCUCCUUCCUCAACCCAUCAUUUUCACAUGCUUCUUCUCUCUUUCCUUCCUUCCUUCUUCCCCCAACACAACACAACAAUGAACUCCCUAAUGUCUCUCCUUCUCCUCUACCUCUCCCUCCUAUUCUCCCUCAUCACCACCAUAAUCUCCUUCCACCACCGCCGCCGCCACGCCAUCAGCGGGCCACCGACAUACCCUAUCAUCGGCUGCCUAAUCUCCUUCUACAAGAACCGCCGCCGCCUCCUCGACUGGUACACAGCCCUCCUCUCCCAAUCCCCGACCAACACCAUCGUCAUCACCCGCCUCGGGGCCCGCCGCACCAUCGUCACCGCCAACCCUUCCAACGUCGAGUACAUCCUCAAAACCAACUUCCCAAACUACCCCAAGGGGAAACCCUUCACCGACAUCCUCGGCGACUUCUUGGGGUACGGCAUUUUCAACGUCGACGGCGACGCGUGGCGGGCGCAGAGGAAGCUUGUGAGCCACGAGUUCACGGCGAGGUCGCUGAAGGAGUUCUUUAUCACGACUCUAGAGGAAGAGGUGGAGAAGGAGCUGGUACCCAUGAUGGAGAGCUUGGCAGAGACCGAGAAAGUGGUUGACUUGCAGGAGUUGCUGAGGAGGUUGACUUUUAACAUGGUGUGUAGGGUUUCGUUAGGGGUGGAGAGGUGUUGCUUGGACCCUAAGGAACCGGAGCAGCCGCUGAGCAAGGCGUUUGAUGCUGCGUCGACGAUCUGCGCCAGGAGAGGGGCGGCUCCGCUGGUUGUGGUGUGGAAGGUGAAGAGGUUGCUCGGAGUUGGGUCGGAGAAGGAGCUGAAAGAAGCCGUCGGGGAAGUUCACAAGGAGGUUAGUGAAAUGAUUGCUAUUAAGAAAGAGGUCAUGGGGAACAAUAACGGUGAUGAUCAAGAUCUUCUGUCGAGGUUGAUCGCGGCUGGGUACGAGGAGGUGGAGAUUAGAGAUAUCGUGAUCAGCUUGAUCAUGGCCGGCAGGGACACGACGUCGGCGGCGAUGACGUGGCUGUUCUGGCUGCUGUCGUGUCACCGGGGAAUGGAGUCAGCGGUGGUGGAGGAAGCUACGAGGACGGCGACGAGGAUGGAAGGGUUGGAAGAUAUGAAGCUGUUGAAGGCUUGUUUGUGCGAGUCAAUGAGGCUGUACCCGCCGGUGGUGUGGGACUCCAAACACGCCGUCGUGGACGAUUUGUUGCCGGAUAAUACUCCGGUGAGGGCCGGGGAUCGGGUGACGUACUUCCCGUACGGUAUGGGGAGGAUGGAAGGGCUAUGGGGGAAGGAUUGGUUCGAGUUUAGGCCGGAGAGAUGGUUUGUCGAUAACGAAGAGAAUAGUUGUGAGCUCAAGAGAGUGUGUCCGUACAAGUACCCAAUAUUUCAGGCGGGGCCAAGGGUGUGUUUGGGGAAGGAGAUGGCGUUCGUGCAGAUGACGUAUGUGGUGGCAUCGAUUCUGCGGCGGUUUGAGAUCCGGCCGGUGAGUCAAAAGAGGCCGGUGUACGUGCCGCUUUUGACGGCUCACAUGGCCGGCGGCUUAAAUGUUGUGGUCAAAAGGAGGUGUCAAAGUAAAACUGAGACAAGGUGAGGGUAGUGGAGGGGGGAGAUCAUGAUUUUUUUUUUUUUUGAAAGUCAAUGGUAACGAUAUUUUAUGGGUGGAUAAUUGUAAAGUAACAUGGAAUUAUUCUUCCAUCAUUCAUUACCUCUCCAAAGACCAAACCAUAAGUGUGGUUUUAGAAAAUCAAUGAGUAUGAUUGCAUAUUAGUGGAGGAAUGACCAUGUCAAUACACUAUAGGGUUGGGAUAUUAAUUUUGUUUUUUCGGUUUAAACCGAAAUUAAAUUGAUAAGAUGGUUUUUCUAUCCCAAUUCAAUUUGUACUUUAUUGAUUUCAAAUAAAAUCGAAAACCAUAUAAGAAACCAAAACAGAAAAUAUUAAGUGAAAGGUGCAGACUGCAGAGGGUAUCAAUUUUGAUCGAGAGUGCAUGGAUUUAGGUUUUAGAUUUUGUUCUAACUGAAACCGAACCCAUUAAAACCUUAUCAGGUUCAAUUUUGAUUUUGGGGAAACAACCUAGUUAGAUUUUUCGGUUUCUUACAGGUUUUGGUUUGGUCAACCAAACCAAAUUGACACCCCUAUUAAGCUCACUUCAUAUUAAAAAUCAAGUUGAAUGUAAUUCGUGUUAAAAUCAAAUCGGAAAAAAUCAAAGAAUAAUUGAAUUCAAUUUUGAUUACAUUCAUAAUUUUUGUUGUGUUUUAUGAGUAUAAAUCUAAAUCUAACUGAACGAAAGUUAGAUAAAAUUGAAAUGAGUCA